AUGCAGAUCCACGACUGGAAGCUUGUCGAAAGCAGCAGUGAUCAGAAGGGUGAGUUUGACUGCAUAUUCACGGUGCGGCGGCGUCUCGACUGGCUAGGCAAGUAUAUCGAAACUCGGGUGGACAUCAAAUCGAAGACUCUACGGAACACUCUCCAAGAUGUAUUGAAGGACUGCAAAAGCAUUAGUCUUGUCGAGGAUACGCCCCAGUUGGAUCCUCGCACACUGUUCCACUAUUACGACGAGUUGAAGACGCAUGUCAAGAAGACACUGAAGCGACAGCUUGGAAAGGCCAAGAGGUCGAAGGAGCGGAAGCGGCUCAAGCAGCAGGUUGCACAGUGCAAGCUGCUGCUCAGCUAUGUGGACGAGGACUUUGGCGCUACUCGCAAAGCUCUAAAGCCCAUGGUCAAAGCAGGCACUAUUACGUACGAUCUGGUGUGGGCACUCUUCAAACCCAACACUAUUGCCUUUACGCCUACGUACAACAACAAGGACGAUGCGCGGUGUUUUAGGGUGGGGACAGCGUACGAGUUAGAAGACUGGUUGACGGGCGUUAAGUCGUGGCGUGUUGAUGGCAAGUACCUCGAGUACGACGGCAAAUCGUUUGGUCUCGGGGAACACGAAGUAUCGGUCUCAGCGUUCAAGGGGCACAAGAAGAUUACCAGUCUUGCCGCAUAUCCGCUCAAAUAUCACAAGGAUGCCAAGGGUAUCAAGAAGCAGCUGAUUGAGAGGGGUAAGAAAUUCGUCGCGCUCCAGGGCAUGAACUACCAGGUUCAAAAGGGGAUUGCGUAUAUGAAGCACAAGAACAGCAUCGUGCGCUUCAUUAUUAAUGGUCGGGUCAUGAUUGAUCCUGCCAUGUUCCGCCGCAUGAACCCAAACUACCCGCUCUCGUACCUCCGGCCAGAUGAACUAGCUGACAAUGAGGAUGACGAUGACGAAGAGUGCUGCUGCGACUCGAGUGAAGAUGGAGACGGUGAAGAAAAGGAAAAGAUGCGCAUCGUCAUGUGGAAAGACAGGAGGGGCAGGAAACACCCUAUCCGAGUGCCACAGAGCGUUGUGGACAAGGAAAUGGGCACCGGCACUGAACAGCCGCUCGACAGGGAUGAUGAUGCAACGGAGGAGCAACGUCAAGUCUUGACCGAAGAGGAGCUCAUCAUCGCAUCACCGGUCGUACUGGGCUUUGCUUUUUCUGAGAAGCUUUGGCUCGAGUUUUCUCUAUCUGGGAUUGAGGAGAUCAAGUGGAAUGAGGAAGCAUUUCCCAGUCUGGUGUUGCCGAUCCAGAUCAAGCAGAAUCUCAAGGGUCUUGUAUCUUCGCAUCGGUUCCACGCAGCCAAGACGAUUGACGAUGUGAUUCAGGGCAAGGGCAAGGGGCUCAAUGUGGUGCUGCAUGGCCCGCCCGGGGUGGGUAAGACACUGACUGGGGAAUCGAUUGCCGAGUAUCUGCAGUGCCCGUUGUACGCAGUGUCUGCAGGGGAGCUGGGGACCAAUAGCCGGGCGUUGGAGGCGGACCUGAACCGCAUCAUGGAGAUUACGCAUGCAUGGGGCGCCAUCCUGCUGCUGGACGAGGCGGACGUGUUUCUAGAGGCGCGACAGCCAAAUGACAUACAUCGCAACUCGCUGGUCUCGGUGUUCCUGCGGCUGACCGAGUACUACCAGGGCAUCCUGUUCCUGACGACGAACCGGGUCGAGACAUUUGACGAGGCGUUCCAGUCGAGAAUUCACAUGGGGAUUCGGUACGAAGAGCUGUCUGCACGUGCCAGGAAAGAGAUCUGGCAGCAGCACGUGGGCAGGGUGGAGAGGAUGAAGGGGAGCCAGGGAAUGAAGGCGUUCACCGAGGCCGACUUUGACGUGCUGAGCCAGAGGGUGCUGAAUGGACGACAGAUCAAGAACACGGUCAAGACAUCGCAGGCGAUUGCGGUGGCAGAGCAGAGUGCGUUUAGCAUGGAGCACGUCAAGCGGGUGUUGGAGGCUGGGGAGGCAUUUGAUGAUGAUAUGCGAGGGGGAAAGGGGUACCGGGAUGCGAUGCGGCAGUACACGUGA